UUUUUUUUUGUAUUUAUUAGUUAACACUAUUUGUCGGUUCCUGUUAAUGGAGCUAACAACGCAUUAAAUAAGUAGGCUUGGUCAAACAGAAGUUACGCUACUACGGUAAAGUUAGAGAUAAAUGUUUUCUUGUAUGGUAUAUUAUAUAAACGUGUAGGUAUAUGAACUAUAUAUUUUUUCCUUCCCUAAAUAAGUAACGCCUGCUAGUUAACAGCAAAGUUACUAGCUAGUUAACAGACUUUCGGCAGAAGAUGAGUUACUCCUGCAAACCUCGCAGAUCUUGCGUGAGGGAGCGUUCUGCUAGUUUGAGAUCUGAUGGUUUGGAGGGGAGCAACUCCAGCAAGAUUUUACCAAGGACCAAAUGGUCUAAAGACGAGGAUGAAAAGCUGCAGAUGCUGGUGGAGGAGCAUGGCUCCAACAACUGGUCUUUGAUAUCUUAUCAUUUCAAGUGUCAAAGGUCAGACCUUCAGUGUCAGCGGCGGUGGCAGAAUGUCCUCAGUCCAGAGCUGGUGAAAGGCCCCUGGACUAAGGAAGAAGACGAGAGGGUUAUCCAGCUGGUGCACAAGUAUGGUCCUAAACGCUGGUCAGUCAUCGCCAAGCACCUUCACAGCCGCAUUGGGAAGCAGUGCAGAGAGCGCUGGCAUAACCACCUCAACCCGGCCGUCAAGAAGAGCUUGUGGACCCUGGAAGAGGAUCGCAUGAUUUUCCAGGCCCACAAAAUCAUGGGGAACCGCUGGGCACAUAUCUCCAAACUACUGCCUGGCAGGACAGACAAUUCUAUUAAGAACCACUGGAACUCCACCCUGAAGAGGAAAGUGGAGAAUGAGGGCUACCUCCUGCCCUUCAACCGCUCCUUCUCCCUCACCUUCACAGAAAACUCUUCCGACACCUCCUCCGUUGCCUCCUCUGACACCUCCUACUCCAUCAUCUCCACCCACAGCUCCUUGAAGUCCAAUAGUGGACUUGGGGACAGACAAUGUCACUGCUACAGCACUUCCACUAAGCAGGGGGAGGUGUUGUGCAACCACAGCAUCAGUGUGGUCAAGGAUCAGCCCAUGACCAGCUUUAAUCUGAGCACCCUGGAGGAACCAGUCAUUGACAGUGAGCAACCCCCUCCUCCACAGUGUAUGCUUCUCUUUACCCAACAACCUCCGGGCAGCUCUACACCCCUGCACCCUCGCCCAGGCCUGUUGGAGUCCAUGCAGAUCAUUCAGGACCCAAUGGCCUGGGGGGACUGGGCCAGCUAUAGCCUACAGCUAAUGAUCCCAUCACCCCUGACACUUGAACAGCAGUCAUCUCCACCCUCCAGUUCCUUCAAAGAGCUCAGCAGGGGCACUGUGGACCUGAUCUCUCUGGACCUUGACAACACCGAAAUGUUCACGGAUGGAGAAACGUGUCUCAAAGCAGAGCAGGAGCCUAUCGGCUCCUGCUCCAAUGGCAGCACCCCUGUCAGGACCCUGGGAUUCUCUCCUUCAGAGUUCCUAAACAAGGGCCCAGGUGAGGAUUCAACACUGACCUCCACGCCAGUUAGUGCUAAGAAGCAUCCCAGUGUUACCAGCAGCCCUCAGCCCAACGGAGAACUAGCCAUCCACUGCAGCGCCAAACACAACCCCAAGUGCUAUUUCACUACUUGUUCCCUGGAGCCCAGGACUCCUAAGGACAUCAAGGACCUUCUGCUGCCUACUCCUCAAACACCAACGCCCUUCAAGUCCAUCCACAGCAGCCAGGAGGGCCCACUGGCGCUUGAGUGCCCUCAGUGUGUGGAGGACAUCAACAUACCGUUGCUAGUUGAGACUGGUGUCUUCAUGCACAACGGAGGCUCCCUGUCUCAUCUUUACUCUGAGAUCCCUGCUUGCUGGAGGUCCGAAAGGAAGAGUUUGGUUCUGGAGGCCUGGAGUGAAGACAGCCCAACUGGUCUAUUCCGCGCCCAAGAACAUUUCCAAAGCACUCAGAUCCAGGGAGAAAGCCUGCUCAGUCGUUCCCACCUGAACAGCUCUCUGCUGGGAUGUCAGGAGCUAGGCUGCUCCCCAGAAGAUGAAAGCCCUGGAGAUCACCUACCUAUCCAAUCAAGAUCAGCACAAUCAUAGCAGGUUGGAACUGCCCAAUUUCCCCAGCCCCUACAUUCCCCAGAGGCACCUCAACUCAGCUUGUUGGAGGUAGGAAUAUAUGAAGGGCUUCAGUGUUCUGGGAGCUGGCCAUCCUUACACAAGGUUCCUAGUUUUUCAAAUAUACGAUAACCAGGGCAUGAAGCUAAGGUAGUGCCAUCGUGGUGCCUGAAGUUUAGAGAAUGACCCAUUUGUAGGCCGACUGGUGAAGAAGAGAUGGUGGUGUUGAGCUUGACUGAGCAUAACACACACGAAGUGUGACCCCAUAAUACUGCUUCACCAUAGACCAACAGUGACUCCAGCUUACAUACGGCCACCAUAAAUCGACAGCAGUGACUCUAGACCAUUGUAUUUCUUCUGUGUUGCAUCCAGCUCUACCUCCUGAACAGUAUUGAUUAAAGUCAGCAGUCCUCACGUCGU